UUAACAUAGACGUGAAAUUUAAAAUAGGAAGAAAAACAUAAUAUAAACUAGAAAAACCAACCAGCUUAAGUAUAAACAUGUGAAACUUAGUUACAUCAACGAAUAAACUAUUAAUAAACAAAACAAACGUAAUAUAAAAUUUAUAACGAUAACAAGAUACACAUUAAACUAUGCGUUCGCACAGGCUGAGACACAAACACAUUAUUAUUUUAAAAUCUUCAACAAAUAGAUCACAGUUCUCUUCUGAAAUUGAGACGGAGUUACGCGUUGCGUAUAGUUUUAUCUCGCUUCCAUGAUGGUCUAAUGAUGUUGACGUUGCAGGUGAAAUGAACGUGCUCUACCUCUUCAUGAGGUAUAGAUUCAACUGGGAUGAGGUGCAGUUCAGUAUGUUCUGCACGUAUAGUAUCAUCACCAAUUUAGUAGGAACUCUGUUUUCGAUCAGCAUCUUCAGUGACUUCAUGAAGUUAGACGAUACCGUUGUGGGAAUCAUCUCCUGCACCAGCAAGAUCCUCGCAUCCUUCAUCUUUGCCUUCGCCUCCACUACCACUGAGAUUUACAUCGCACCUUUGGUUGAAAUUUUCAACGGGACAUCAUUCAUAGCGAUGCGUUCUAUCGCCUCAAAACUGGUGACAAGUGAAGAAUUGGGUAAGGUGAACUCCUUAUUCGGUCUGGCUGAGGCCAUGAUGCCGCUGGUGUACGGGCCGCUGUACUCCCGAGUGUACAUGGCGACGCUGACCGUGCUGCCGGGUGCCGUGUUCCUGCUCGGAGCCGCCAUGACGGUUCCUGCUGUGGCUAUAUUUGGAUGGAUGUAUUUCGAACAAAGAGAGGACACCAAGCAAGUCGAGGAGAUGGAGAACGUGAAUAAGGACGUUUAGUUCCUACCGUUAGUGACUAGUGACUCAAAGCAUUUAUAUAAGUGAAAGUGUUAUUGGACUUUAUACAUACAGUGUGUUUUGAUUAAGUGUGAUUGUUCUAUUAAAAAUCCUGUCGAGUUU